UUGCCGGUUGUUUUAUUAUUUUCCGUAGUUUUGUAAACUUUAGAAAUUGAAAAUAAAGCAAACAUUUAUUUGGAAAUCGGAAAUCUUGAAUCUACUAAAUUAAGACUGUAUCAGGUGCUACUAAGUGAAGUACGGCGGUGUAUAAUGACAUAUAAAGUGUUUUUAAGCAUUUCUAUCGCUCUCGUCUCAUACUUGGUGUACGGUUUUUAUACUAGCAUGAAAAAGAAGUCACCUCGGAAAGAGAUUCAUGAAGCUAUAUUCUUUUCGCCGGGAAACAAUGGGAAUAUGAAAAAAAGUAAAUAUUCCCGGUGUAUGGUUACUGAAAGCAUGGAGAGAUUUUUGUAUUAUUUGAACACACCACGUUAUACGUUAGACAUUUGCAUGUAUGUGAUGACAAAUUCAGAUAUUACAAAUGUAGUACUAAAACAGCACUAUAAAGGAGUGAAGGUAAGACUGAUUCUUGAUGCUGACAUGGCAUUUUCAUCAGGAUCAAGUUUGAAGAAGCUAGAAAAGCAAGGGAUUCCUGUGCGAUGGAUGAAGUCUACAAACUUAAUGCAUCACAAGUUCUGUUUGCUGGAUGCAUGCAGUGAUAAUCCUGAUGUAGUGCCUGUUGUCAUGAUGGGUUCAUUAAAUUGGACAAACCAAGCACUGAAUGGUAAUUGGGAGGAUGUUGCGGUGACGUCACAGCCAGACCUAGUGAGACAAUAUAAGGAAGAAUUUGAAAGACUUUAUGAACUUUUUACUCCUAUUGUUAAUUUGGUAUAAGGUUAACAUAGGUUCUUUAUAUAUAGCUAUGUUUUGGUACUCUGAUUUAAACAGAUUUUAUUGAAUUGGUUAUAUCUAGAGGUAUUUUUCAUUAUUAUAUUUAAUGCUUGUAUAAUUUGAUAGUUGUCAAAGUAAUACCUACUCCUGGUGUUUUUCUCAUUAUGUCCUGCUGUCAAAUUAAUCUUGUAUUUAUAAUAGAAUUGAUUUUAUAAGAAGAUUUAUUAAGUGCAAGUGAUUGUUUUGUAGAUUGGAGUAUUAACAUGUGAUUUUAUUAUUUGAGUUGCUUUUUUCUUAUGUCAUUGACUAGAUUGUAAUAAGGAAAACUAGAAAGCUGUAUUUUAAGUUUAAACUAACUGCCUAGCAGUGCUAUUUGUAUGGGUAUUAGGUAUAAAGUAAUACCUACCAAACUUUUUUUCUUAUAAAAAUUAAGGUUCUUGGUACAAAUUAAAGUGAUUUGAUUUAUC